UUCCUGUUGUUCUAGGUGGCCUUGGUGUUGGUGUAGUCCGUGCUAUCCUCUCUGCGACGGGUUAGGGAAACAGUGGCUAUUACCACACUGGGAACUGGUACACUUCCAAAAAGGUUGUUGGAAUAUGGGGGAUUUGCCCACGGAAGUAGUGUUUGAAUGUGCAUGAAUGUGCACGAAUGUUUUAAGGAAGGUAACACAAUGGUGCUUGCAGCCCAACUGACUGGGUACCUGGUGUCAAUAUGCCUCAGUCUGGUAGUUUUGGUGCCAAUGGUGCUAAAUCUGAAGGAUUUCAGGCACAAAUGUCUCCUGUUCACCACGGGUGACUACCGGGAGGAAGACGGCCAGUUUGUGCCUGUCUGGGCCUCCUGCGUGUACUGCUACUACGUCAUGGUGGUGGCCGCCUCCAUCAUCUUCAUCUGCAUCGUGCAGGGGGCACGCACCCUUGUAUUCCUCCGGAACAACACCGACACGUCGUUCGCUGGCGCCUUUGUGGACAUGAUCCUGUGCAUAGUGAUCACGUUCGCUUCUCUGGCGGCCGCCCUGUUCGUCACCCUCGGGUACGAGGUGUGGUGCAACAAUAUCACCAAGCGCUUCGCCACGUGCUCGGACGCCACGCAGAACGAGAUCGACGCGGCUGACCAGAUCGACACGACCAACUUCUACCUGGAGAUCGGCAUGGCUCAGUUCGGCGCCUGGUGCCUGUGGUCGGCCUCGGUCGGCCUCACGCCUGACGUCUUUCGGCGCCUUGGUGCCUGUGGUCGGCCCUCGGUCGGCCUCACUGUCUGCGCCGUGCUCAAGAUGUGCCGCCACCACCACGACGAGAACAUCCGCUCGAGCAUGGCGCGCGAGCGCGAGCGCCAGCGGAUCAUCCGCAGCGGGCGCAGCUCGCGCUACGACAACCUGGUCGAGGACGCCGACUAGGGCUAGCGCGCUGAGCGAGGGGCAGCCGCCGAUCGGCCGGCCUGCCGCGCAUAGGGCAACAGCACGGGAGGGGGGGGGGGUCAAAGAUCAGUGGGACGGUUUCCUUCCUAGCGGAUGAGUUAUGACAGUUGGUCUAGCGACGGAGGGAAGAGGAGCGCCGCGGUUGAAGAAUAGUUAGUGUUGAUUGUUGUAAAUGCUCUGGGACGGAGCGUCUAGCAGUGGUCUAGUGCCGGAGCUCUGAUAUACUGGAGUGCUCCGUAGACGCACCUCAAGCUGCAGGCAGGCCGGCGCCGGCGCCGGUCUCCAGGAUCGGCCCGUGUCGCUCCAGUGGAGACGUCGCGGGCGCGAGGUUGCCGGCAGCGCUGGACACGGGACGGUGGGCGAUGCUCCGUCCCGUGUCCGCAGCGCGGCCGCCUGGAACGGCCGCGCUGCGUGCCCUCGCUGUCUCGUCUCCUCUACUGAGGGCCGGCAAGUGUCCAGCGUGAGCAUGCGUGCCAGGCGUGUCAUUGCUGCAGUGGCUGUGCAAGUCUGUCAAAUGCAGUUUUGUUGAGUGUGCUGGGUGAUCUGAUGUAGUGGUAUCUCUUCAUGUAUUACUUUGUAUACUGAUAUAUGUGUUCAGUAGCACAGUUUGUGACUGGGGAACUUGAACUCUAAUUGGAUUUUGUUCUUUUGGGAGAACGUCCUGAAGCCUUUAGUGUGAGCAUCGUGUAACGGCGGAGCAUGCUGAAAACUAGUAAUAGCCACCUCUAUCAAACUAAGUUUUGGCAUUCAAUGUGUGCUGAAAGCAAUCUGCCGGUGCCUGAAAUAGCUGAAACUGUAUUACCCGCACGGGACUGAAUGUGGGCCGGGACCAUGGCACAUGUUUACGCUGUGUCCCGGUCAUGAUGAUGGUAUGCGAGUGGGGUGGAUAAUUAUGCUACGCCAGACUGGAAGGCGACGCUAAUCGACGGUAGCAAUGCUGCAAGUGUUGUAAGACGCUGCUAGGCCGUAAGCAAACCCUCUCGGCUUAGUGUGCGUCGAUACGUUAGUUGUGUUAUCUGCUGCAUUUGGGCUGAAAGAUUAUUUCCCAAUACAUAAGGUGCAAUUAAG